AUGGGUGGAGCAGCAUCAAAACAAGCACGGAACGUCGGAUCAAAGACCCUUCAAUACCCCAAACGCAGCCCACCUGCACCGGGCGGUUUGAACAGCGUCGUCCACGAACCCAAAGUCCACGGCGCCGCAGAGGCAGCGGCGGUAAGGCCGGCACAAGACACGAUCUCGAGAACGAAAGAUCAGAGAAUCAGAGAUGAUGGACAGGAUCCGCACUUCCUGGCGAAACUGAGGCAGUUGGGAGCUGUGGAUGUUAACGCGCUGAGUCCGCAUAAGCCUCUGCCCGAGAAGGUUUCUCUCUCGAGAAGUAUUCUCCAAAACCGUUCCAAGAUUCACGACGCCGCGACAGCCGAUCACGAAGACUACGGACGACAACACACAACGACAGACAUCCACACGAUCCGGGAUAUUCUCGAGAUGCGGAAGAGAGGAAGUCAAGCUGAGAAGAUCGCGAAGGAGUUUGGCGUCGAGGUUGGGGUAGUGGAGAAGGUGCUGGGUGGGAGAGUCAAUGUGCCGACGCAUGUGAGCCCGCCUGAGAAGAAGACUGGGAGGAUUCAGACGGCGUGGGUUGAGAGCGUGUAA